ACCAGAAACAGAGAAAGUGAUAAUGGAGAUCGUACCGACUUCUAGCAGCAGUAUCGUCAUGGAGAUGAAGAACAUUAACAUCGAUUCUAAGAAGAUCAAGAUUCAAGUCUCCAAUACCAAGAAGCCUCUCAUCUUCUACCUCAAUCUUGCUAAGAAAUACAUUAAGGUAUACAAGUAUGUUGUUCUUUCUGCCUUGGGAAUGGCAAUUCCUACUGUUAUUACAAUUGCUGAGAUUCUGAAGAACAAUGGAGUGGCUCUUGAGAAAAAGGUUUUGACAUCUAGUGUUGGAAGUAAGGAUGAAACUAAGGGGAGAAUGAUUCAGAAACCUAAGAUAGAGAUUUUAAUGGAGAGAUGUGAAAAUGGGGAAGGAGAUUGUUCUUCAGAUAUUGAGAAAGUUGAUAAUAGUGAAAGCCCAGAAUCAUCAUCUAACAUUACCAGCAGCAAGAUCACAACACAACAACAACAAGAAAGUGACAAAUCCAAUGCUGAUGUUGAUGCUGAUAGUACUGCUGAAAAGGAGAAAGAGGAGGUGAAGAUGGAGAAGAAGAAUUGUGAUAAUCAAAUCACUUUGACUUCCUAA